UUUGUGACCCGGCAGCCAUGGUGAGAUCAGGUUGGGGAAAUACCAAGCACCGCCCACCAACCGGAGCAGGCAGUAGCCUAUGGGUAAAGUAAAAUGGGGAAACGUGGGGUCAUUGACCUUUCUGGGACAUUUCAGUGGUGAAUGGUCAGGACAAAAAUGGACUAACUGCAUGUUCGGUUAGAGCAGACCAUGAACAUGCAAAGCGUGUGUGAACAGGUGUGAGCAGUUUUUAAACAAAUGACAAACUCUUUUUCUAGUUCUUCAUUUAGUCUAUGUAGCCAAUCUAAAUAUAUUACAUGUUCUAAGUGUUUUAUAAAGUGCUUUGAAAAGCAAGUAUAUGUAAAGUGUGGGUGUAUCUGUGGCCUGUUAGGUUCAGCUUUGGUGCUAGCUGUGGUUUUCCUGAGAGCAAGUUCUGCAAAAUGAAAAAGGAAAUUAAGGUCAUCAAAGUCCACAUAGUCAAACACACAAGUACCUUCUAUAUGUACAGUCUUCUUCAGCUUCAUCAUGGCUGGACGCCUGCUGUUAGUCGUCCUCAUAUAUUUCUUUUCCAAGAUGAAAGCAGAAGCUCUUCUUCAACCUAAACUGACAGUGAAUCCACCGGUGAUCACAGAGACAGAAACAGUCACACUGGACUGUCAGACUCCAUCAUCUGUUAAUGUGUCUCCGUGUUAUUUUCACGUUGUAAGAGGAGGACUUGGCAAAAGCCUCCUUUGUCGUCAGACACUGACGGGAACUGAGCUGCUUUUGUUGGUAAAUCAGAGUUCACCUGCUGAGGUUAAACUGACGUGUUUUUACCUUGCAAUGACUUCAUCUCCUGACAGUGACACGUCAUCCAUCAUCAUUCGACCAUCUCUUCCACCUAAACUGACAGUGAAUCCACCGGUGAACAACGAGACAGACUCAGUCACACUGAUCUGUCAGACUCCAUCAUCUGUUCCUGUGUCUCAGUGUAAUUUCAACACUUUAGGUGGAGGAACUGUCAAUAGCUUCUCAUGUCGUCAGACACUGACGGGAACUAAGCUGCUUUCGUUGACACAUCAGAGUUCCCCUGCUGAGGUUGAAGUGACGUGUCUUUACACUGUAAAGCUUGGAGACAAAAUGUAUCCAUCUCCACACAGUGUCACAUCCUCCAUCACCAUACACAGUCAAAAACCCCAGAUGACUCUUCAGCAUUUUCCAGGUGACCAGGUUCUCUUUAUUUGCACUCUGCCUGGAUCUGCUAAUCAUGAUACGAGCUGUAACCUGUACUUUGGAGAAGCAAGUGAUCCAGUUACAACAACAACCAUAAAGAGGAAAAGGAGAUCAAACAAUCAGUGGUUCUGCCAGUUUUAUGUCACAAUUGAUGACUUGCUGAGACGUCUACGUGUAGUUCAACAAAGCGAUGCCAGCUGUGACUACAGUUUGGGAAGUGAACCCAACUCUUUGUCUCCUCGUAGUGAUGGAAAGAGCUUGACUGAUAUUGUGGAAAAAGAGUCCCGCAUGACGCAGACUAUGCCGACAUCUACCAUGACCACAGCAGGUCUGACUGUUAGCAGACCUCAUGCUACCGCUCCUGUAACUCCUCUAACUCCUCUAACUCCUGCAACAUCAGGUCUGACUGUUAGCAGGCCUCAUGCUUCUACUCUGGUAACUCCUGUAAAACAACCAUCAGGUUGGACUGUUGGUACGCCAAGUAGCACUGGUAGUUUUAUCUCUACUUCCCUAACAUCAGUGAAACCAGCAUCAGCAAAAACGUGGAUAUUGAAGUAUGUAGCAGUUGCGGCUGGUUGUGGAGUAACUGUGGGCGUCGUCUGGCUGGUUUCUGCAUUUUUCUGCAACAAAAGAAGAACUGCAGGUCCCAAGGAAGUGAAAAUGCGGCGGGAGUCUCAACAUGACAAUUUGGACAUAUACCAUUUGUACUCCACCAUCGCUGAGGAGCCUGCUGCAUUAGCCCUGGAGGGUAUGGAGUACAGCACAGUGCAGCUACACUGAAGCACAAAGUGUUUUAUAUUGUAUAGAGAAAGCCUGCAGGAUUGUUAGUAAUGUAAAACUUGUGUUUAAAGUUGACUGGUAUAAUCUAGACUAAUGUUAGACAGCUGUAAUGUCUUCCUCAGAUCAACCAAACGGUCAGAUUAAACCAAACUUCUACUAACAUUUUCCAAGUUUUACAGUUAGAUCCAAUUUUCAAGUUGUGUUUUAUGAUGUACAAAUCACAGCGUGGGUUCCAAACUGCAUUUCAAUUUACCUUUUUUAGAUUGAAAAUGUAUUUAGUUUUACUCAUACAGUAUAUAACUAAAACAAACAUUCACUUUACUCCUGUUUGUAGUUCUUGUCUUGUUUUAUAACGUGUUUUCUGU